GUGGAAAAAAUCUAGGGCGGAAAUUGAGACACAGUGCAAACUACAACUAGGAGGCAAUUACCUUUUUCUUACUUUCUUACUUUCAGCAUUGGAUAGCACUUUCAUUAAUACCUGCAUUCUUGACAAUUUGAAGAAAAGACUAGAGAAAGCGGAGAAGCCACUAUGAAAGCAAACAGCGGGGGUCCCCUCCUUAUUAUCAGUGCAGUAGUAGCAGCUGUUCAUGCGAUUUCAGUAUCAGGACCUUCAAAGGCAGUGCAAGCGAUAAGAGGAGAGAAUGCCACCCUACCAUGCAACUUUGAAAGUACUUCUGCAGAAACAAAAGGUUUUGUCUCUUGGAGGGGAAAGUCAUUGGGAAGUGGCUAUACGGGAGAAUUUACUAGGAAGAUGUUUGAUGGUACUGAACAGUUUAUACCAGAUUACCAAGAUCGUUUAAGAUUCUCUAACAAUUUCAAAAAUGGUGAUGCUGGAAUUACCCUUGAUCGGGUGACCAUGCAAGACAAUGGAACUUAUGAAUGCUUAGUUGAGAUAAGAAAUGUAUUCCCAUCAAAAAGCGUCGACAUAGAACUUUUGGUUCUCGUGCGUCCAUCCGAUCCAGCAUGCGAAAUUAUUGGGAACCAAGUAUAUGGUCAAAAUAUUAACCUCACUUGCAAUUCUGAUGAAGGAUCCCCAGAACCUAAAUAUACCUGGCAAAGUUAUGAUAUACAGAACAAAAGCCGGCCACUUCAAGGAAUAGCUGUAGGAGGAUUGCUGAUGCUGAAAAAUGUUUCUAUAAACACAACCGGAUAUUAUAUCUGCCUUUCCAAAAACACUGUUGGCGAGAACAGAUGUAAUCUCACGGUUGCUAUUCAACCUCCAUCCAUGAACAUUGCUCUUUAUGCUGGAAUCAUUGGUGGGAUCCUUGCUGCUGUCAUUAUUAUAAGUGUUUUGGUUUAUUGUUGUUGCUGUAGGAAAUCAAAGAAUAAGGACUAUGAGGCAACGGAGACAGAAAAUACAUUCCAACCUAUACAUGAGAAUGUUAAAAUCCGGGGACCUUCUACAGAAGAGAUUGAAGAUGAAGACAAAGGUGAACGAAGGCCCCAUGCGUAAUUUGUGUUUCAGUUGUCUCGAAGAAAACACUUCCAAAUUCUUCUUUCCAAACUGAAGAUAAAAAAUGAUUUAUAAUCAAUAUUACUUGUUAUUCAACAAAUGGGACUUUAAUAUAUGCAUUAGGAGUAGGAUGAAAUAGAGGAUGAAUAACCAUAUAAAAGAUACAGAAGAAGGAUAAGAAGGAGGCACAAAGCUGAAAUAAAAGGUACAUCAAUUUCCGGGAUGCUUCUCAUAUGCUUGCUAGAAAGAAAAGAAAAAAAAAACCCUUGGGAAAUUUUAUCUUAUAUCAUGCAUUUUAUGCAAAUACUUUAUGAAGCAGAUGAAAAUUCUUCAACAUUGAUCUUUUCUGCUGCAUUUGGAAAACAGAAGCAAAAUUAAACUCAUCUCAGUUGCUGUGGAAUGCUUUUAUAGUGUAAGACAAA